AUACAACUAAGCUAUUUUUGACACACUUCGACUCACUCAGCUAUGAUUUAACUACUGAAUAUUAACUACGUCGCAAGGGCGUGGCUUGAAAGCCCCACCAAUGGCGAACGCGUGUUUUGUGAAUAUUAAAAGAGCCUGUUGACGUGGCUCCGUAACCGUCCAAUGGCGAAAGGUUCGCUCAUGAAUAUUAAUAGGGAUGCCUUUCCAAUAGUAUGAUCUGUCGGGCGAAACCAACGGGAUGUUGUUGGGAACUGGGAUGAGGAGCGAUAUCAGCGCUUAGUACGGCAGUGGGAGGGGUUGAGUGUGACACAACUAAAUGGCAACAGCGUGAUAUAUUUUUUUGUAUGUCAUAGGAAAUUUCUCCUGGCAUGCCGGAAACAUUUCCCGCGAACGGAGCGUGUUUUUGCAAUCGCCGCAUCUUUGAGCUUCCGGCGUUCACCGCGACACACUGAUGCUCCGAGCCGGCAGGAUGGACGAGUUUGUGACGGAAGAAGAUGAGCCGUGGUACGACCAGAGAGACCUGGAGCAAGAUCUGCACUUGGCAGCUGAGCUGGGGAAAACCCUGCUGGAGCGCAAUAAGGAGCUGGAGGACUCGCUGCAGCAGAUGUACAUCAACAAUGAGGAGCAGGUGCAGGAAAUCGAGUAUUUGACCAAGCAGAUGGAGAUGUUGCGCGAGAUGAACGAGCAGCACGCUAAAGUGUACGAGCAGUUGGAUGUGACGGCUCGAGAGCUGGAGAUAAACAAUGAAAAACUAGUGCUGGAGAGCAAAGCUUCUCAGCAGAAGAUUGACAGAUUGACAAGUACUAUGGAGAUGCUGCAGGGGCAGGUGGACACGCUAACUGCUCGUGUGGAGGAAUUGCGCACUUUGGAAGAGCUCCGAGUUCGCAGAGAGAAGAAAGAGAGGAGGAAGACUGUGCACUCGUUCCCCUGCCUCAAAGAACUCUGCACCGCUCCCAGGUAUGAGGAUGGUUUCAUGGUGUCUGACCCAGGCAGCGGUGACCUACAAGAGUGUCAGCCUGCCGAUGAAGAGAACGAACAUCUGCGCGUGAUGGUGUCAUCUUUGCGCGCCGCUGUGGUGGCCGAACGCGGACGGCGUGAGGCCGCUGAGCGGGAAUGUGGCGCAGUGUUACAGGAGUUUGAGCGGCUGGAACAGCGCCUCAUGGGGGCCGAGAAUUGCCAGCGGCGUGUGCACGAGCUGGAGGCGGAGCUUCAGGAGAUGCAGCAGCUCCGCAAGUCCCGAGCCUGCCUCCUGAGCGGAGACGAGGGCCUGGAGCAGACGCUGCUCAACUGCGCCCCUGAGACGGACACGCCGGAUGAUGCAGUCAUGGCUGGAACACAGAACGGGGAUGGAGCGGCUCCCGUCCGGAAGAGUUGCAGUGAUACGGCUCUAGAUGCCAUCUCUGCAGUCGACGCCUCAGGGAGACGCAAAGGCAGUUACGCGCUUCACGCCAACGGCGUCCGGAAGAGGGGCAUGUCCAUCCUCCGAGAGGUGGAUGAGCAGUAUCACGCCCUUCUGGAGAAGUACGAGGAGCUGCUCGGGAAGUGCCGGCGCCACGAGGAGAGUAUGUGCCAUGCUGGGGUGCAGACCUCCCGGCCCGUGUCCAGAGACCCGUCCAUGAAGGAGUGCCGGGCCGCAGAGCCCCAGCAGCUGCCCACUCCCCCGCAGACGCCCUCGACUCCAGAGGCCCUGGAGGGCAUCAGCCGGCAAGUGGAGGCUGUGGACAAGCGGCUGAGCCAAAACACUCCGGAGUAUAAAGCCCUCUUCAAGGAGAUCUUUUCCCGCUUACAGAGGACCAAGAGCGACAUAAACUCCACCAAAGGGAGGAAAAGUGGAAAAUAGCGCAUUUUGCUCUUAACAUUUGUGCCACUGAUUUCUUUCCCGUAAUGUCUUGCUUUUUUUUUUUUGAAACUACAGUCAGAAAGAUGUUUAGAAACAUCUGUUAUUUAGUACAGCUCAUCCAUGAAUUAUUUGGCGCCACAUAUCAAGAGACAAAUGUUGGUUUUCUGGUCGUUUUGAGUCUAAAGUGCUUUUGCCAGGUUGGCCUUUUAGGGUAGACCAUAUUACUCACUAUCAGUUUAACUGUAACCAUAAUCACCCUAAAGUUGAUCAAGCACAGGAAAACGUGAUGCUUAUCAUUGCUGACUAUUUCCUUUCUCACUUGUAUUACAUAUUAUGAAUAACCACAGCAUUGUGUAACCACUUUUGUUCAAUAUUAAAUCACACUUUGCUUUAUAAGGUUGUUUGAUGCAUUUAUUACCUUGAGCAUGGAUGAACGAGUGAAUGAGUGGAGUGAUCAGGAUGGAUCUGCUGUAGGGUUGUGUCUAGAUGGAAACCCUUGUUCUGUGAAAAAUCUCACAUGCAACAUUUGAAGACUUUUGCAGCAGUCCUCGUCUUCAUGUACCGCCCACAGACUGACCACAUGACACAGAUUUCACACAAAACUGGCCCGCAAUACCAGAAAAUCACUAGUUCUAAUCUCACUGACUUUAUGUAAUGUCUGGGAGUUUGGGUGAAUCCACAGAAGGUGCUCGAUUGCUACAAUGGAGAAGCACUCGUCACUGGACUUGCUAAAGUUUAUCAGGUUAGUUCCAUCAGGUCUUAUUCAAAAGUUAUCCAGAGUGUUGUUUUAGGCACUUUGUUUAUAGCAACUGGUACUUUACUACCAGAUAUACUGAUCACAAAGUCUCCACAGAUUUGUUUCUACAUCGGCCCAUUUUUGGGGUUGUCAACCAUUUUGAGUAACCUCAUCCCUCAUAAAGCUGAAAGUAUACUUCCCUUGUCUGCUUGCAGCCCAAUUUUUGCAUCUGCGUGGACAACCAGUCCAGUAGGUCAGGGAUGGGCAACUCCGGUCCUGGGGGGUCCAGUAUCCCUGCUGCGUUUAGUUACAUCCCUCCAUUGACAACGAGUGCCGAUGAACCCAUUCAGUGCAAGCGUGCUACCUAGUGCAGGGAUGGGCAGCUCCAGUGUCCUGCAGAGUUUAGCUCUACACCUACUUACACAGUUCAGGGAUCAGAACUACACUCUGCAGGACACUGAACCUCCACAAUCAAAGUUGCCCAUUUCUGCACUAGGUAGUAUGCUUGUACCGAACAGGCCCAUCCAUGCUCAUUGUCAAGAGCAUAUUUUGAAUGUCUGGUGUGCUCAAAGAAGCAGACGCAGAUUAACCAGACUUUAUGCCAAUUAUCAGGAGUCCUAAGCUCGGUGGCUCCAAGUUCUAAUAGUAAAGGUUUGCAGAACAAGGCUUACCAUCUUCUAGACCUCACCCUGAAGUAAAAAACAAAACAAAACAAUGGUACAGCAUUCAUGUUGGUAAAUGGAAGACGAAAGAAACUGUCAGUUCUGAACACUUUAAUGUUGACACAGGUGAACAGUAAUCUCCAGCUAUAAUAGAGAUAAAGUACAAACAGAUGAAGACAGAAGCAGCAUUCUGGACCAGCACAACAAGCUACUACUUUGCAGGCAAUGUCGGCAAAGGAAAAAAAAAAAAAAAGCGUGUAUAAAA